UCCGCGCAUGCGCCGGGCUCGCGUCGCCGUGGCAACGGGACGCGGUGCCAGGCAGGGCGGGGGCGGCCGGCGCUGAUGGCGGGGGUGCUGUGCGGGUGGCUCAACGGGGAGGUGCGGCUCUCCCGCAGCCUCGUUCCAGGAUCAUUUGCUGAAGAAUUUUCUAAUGGCUACCUCUUUGGAGAACUUCUACACAAAUAUGGCCUUCAGGAUGACUUUAAUAAAUUUUCACAGAGCAGGGUUGCAAGUGCAAAACUUAACAAUUUUUCUCUCCUGGAACCCACGCUUCACCUCCUUGGUGUACAGUUUAAUGAGAAUGUGGCCCAAGACAUCAUGACAGGGCAGCAUGGGGCUGCAACAAAGCUUUUGUAUGAAUUGUACAUUGCUUUAGAAAAAAAGAGAAAAACAAAGCUCACUGCAGUAGCCAUGGAAGCAAUGAGACCUACAGGACCUGCAAAGCUCAAGUCUAUCGGAAGUGUUUUGUAUCAAGAGCGUUUGAAAUCUUUAACUCCACGUCAGGCAGAUUUGCAGCUACAGCAGGUUUCAGAGCAUUUUGAAAUGAAGUCUAAAGCAAUGGAAGAUAAAAUAGCUCGUAUACAUAUUUCAGAACAACAGAAAGUUCAGAAGCUUCGAGAGGAACAAAGAGCCCAAGACAUUGAAAAGCAUCGCAUAGGAAGAAGGAGACAAAAUGAAAUAAUGGCCAAGAUUCAAGCAGCCAUUAUACAGGUUCCAAAGCCACGACCAAACUACACAAUAAAAGCUAUUGAAGCCCAAAAAUUGCUAAAGAAGAAAAGAGAAGCAGAGGACACUUACAAGGAGAUUAACAAGUUUGAGAAGUCUAUUGCAGGAAGGCUCUCUGCAGUAUACAGCCAAGUCUCUGACAGUGAUAUACAAGAAUCGUUGCAAACACAGAAGUUGAAAGUACCAACCCCAGAAACCACAGCACAAACAGCAACUGAACUAUUAAAUGUUUAUUCAGAUGAUGAAUAUAUAAGAAAAAUUCAAAAACGUUUGGAGGAAGAUACAUUUGCUAGAGAACAACGAGAAAAAAGACGACGAAAAAUGCUAGUGGAACAGUUAAUAGCACAUGAAGCACAGGAGGAGGCUUACCGAGAGGAGCAACUUAUUUACAGACUAAUGAGACAAUCUCAGCAGGAACGGAGGAUUGCUGUUCAACUCAUGCAUGUUCGACAUGAGAAAGAAGUGUUAAGGCAAAACAGAAUUUACAGGGAAAAACAGUAUGAAGAUAGACGACUGAAAGAGUUCCAGAAAGCUCUUGAUAGUGAGGCAGCUCUUGCAAAACAAGAAAAAAUUGAUUGUGAAGAACAAACUAUCAAAGAAAGAGAACGUCAUGAGAAAAUUGCUGUUGGAAGAGCCCAGGCUCGUUAUAAAAAGCAUUAUUCUAUAUGUUGGGAAGUGAUCAACCAAAUCAUUGACUUGUCAACAAAAGUAGGAGAAUAUCGAAUACUGACAAACAACAAAAUUCCAUUGAAACUGAUGCGUGAUUGGAAGGAAUUUUUUUUUAGUGAAAAACCAAUAUAUGAACAAGCCUCAAUUCACCCUUUGCCAAAUGAACCAAGCCCAGAACAACUUGUAGAACUGAAUAAAAUGAAUCUGUUAGAUGAAAAAGAUUAUGGUGAAUAUAAGAGUAUGACAGGGGAAUGGUGUCCAACUGAAGAUAACAGUGAAAACAAACCUCCUCAUAAUAAUAACAUAUUGGGUCAUGUGCUUCGUAGACUGAUGGAGAUCUUCUACCCUCCAAAACCCAAAUCUUCAUUACCUGUAUUUCCUUCUUUUCCUAUUAAGGGAUGCAUUUUGGGAAAACUUUUUAGUGGAAAAACUACCUGUGUAAAGUUUCUUGAAAAAGUUUGCAAUAUUCAGGUACUAUCUAUUGAUACUCUGGUUCAGGAGGCCAUCCAAGCUUUUCUUAAAAAUGAAAUGAAAAGUGAACACAGCUUAAUUUCACAGGAAGCAGAGAGUUCCGUGAAACAAAAUGAGGUCCAGAUGAACAUGUCAAAAUCAUCACUACUGGAAAUUCUAACAGAAACAUUUAUCAAUGAAACUGAAGGUAAUUGUCCUAUCAAAAAUGAUUCACCUAGUCAAAAAACUGAACCAGACAACAGCCAGAGUGACCUGUCCAAGCUAUCUGUACGUGCCAAGCUUGGUGCUGCAUCACAGAAAUUGUUGAAGAAAGGAAAAAGUAUUCCUGAUGAAUUACUAGUUGCCAUCCUUUUGGAAGCUAUUAACCAAACACCACCGGAGAUGGGAUGGAUUCUGGAUGGAUUUCCAAUGACAAUUAAUCAGGCAAAGCUAUUUGAAAAAGCAUAUAUAGGGGUUGAUCCAGAUGAAGCAGAAGCAGAAGAUAUGAACCCUGGAAAGCUCUCCCUUGUUACAGAUCCCAGAGCCCCUAACAAGCCUCCGGUUUCCUUACCUGCAUUUGAUGUUUCGGUAUUAUUGGAUAUUUCAGACACGACAGUACUGAAACGUAUGGCUAGCUUGAAGUCACAUAAAUCAAAGCCAUCUCAAAUGGAACAGAAGGACAACAAUCAAAAUUCAGAUGCUGAAAUCCUUGAAGAGAAGAUUGACUUAGUAAGGGACCAGGUGCUACAUAGAAUUUCAGGCUUUCUAGACACAUGGCCAAAAUUAGAGAACUGGUUUUCAGUCCAUCAGAAUAUUCUAGUGAAAGUCAAUGCAGAGACAGAAGAAAGUCUUGUGUGCAAAGCAGUAAAGGAAAUUCUAAUGGGAGAAAUUGCCAAAAAACAGAAUAGAAGUUCUGCUCAAGAAAAAUUACCAGGAAAAAAGCCUUUACCAGUUACAUCUCAAGAUUUGGUUCCUUCUGUUCCUGUGACACCACCACCAAUUGAACCAGGAUCAGAUGAAUGGAUUUAUGUAGAUGAACCACUUCCCAAGGAGAUACCUGAUUUUUUAGUACCUUACUGGGAAAACAUAGAAAAUGCAUAUGUCAGCACCAUCAAAGUUAUACUUAGAUGCCUAAGGGAUGAACAGCACUCUAUAAUUUAUUACUUAGCAGGCAUUAGAAAAAAUUUCCAAGAUUAUUUAAAGCGCCCAGAUCUUAAGCAGGAGUUUGUAUCUCAAUGGCAAUCAGAUUUUAAUUCAAUUGCUGAUGACCUGCGAGAAGAUGAGGAAACAAAAGCAGAACUACAUCAAAGAGUUACUGACUUAAGAGAUGUUCUCUGGGAUAUCUGUGAUAAAAGAAGGGAAGAAGCAGAGCAGGAAUGUACUGAUAUCAUGAGUGAUGGCUGGUUACUGGAUCAUAAGGGGAUUGCAAUAAACCAUUUUUUUUCACUUAUGCAGGUUGAAGUGGAUCGUUUCCAAGAUACAAAGAGACUACUUCGUGAUUAUUACAAGGCAAUGGAAGGAAAAAUCCCAACAGAUGACAGUCAAAAUUUUACUAGACUCCCAUUGCUAGAUAUUAUUGAUAUAGAGCAGAAAGAAGAUCAGAGCAAAUCAAGAAGGAUUCCUCUAGUUUCUGUAAAACUGCAUUUACAAGAAACAAAUAUUACCAAGUCAAAAAACAGGGGAAUUCUACUGAAGAGUAUUAAGGAUGAAAAUUCUUCUGAAAAUGUAGCAGCCACUUUUGGCAAAGAUGAAAAUCUUAUUUCUGAUACAUGGCAAACAGCAGUAACAGCAGUAUCAGAUAUGGUAACAGCUGAAAUGAAGUCAUGGGAGGAAGAGAAAGAACAGCAGCUAGAUUCAAAAGAAGAUCUGAAGUCUUCUCAGACCACAUCAGGCAAAGAUACAGGGAAGAAUGCCAAAGAUACCAAAAAGCUUUCUCCCAAAUCACCUACUAAAAAGAAAGGACUUCCUUCUAAUGUACCUGUGGUCGAAGUCAGUCCAGUUCCUUUAACCUCUGAAGAAUUAAAGAAGCAAGAACUGACACUUAAAAUACAGCAAGAAUAUUUUGCUGCCCUGAAACAUGAGGAAGAAGCCACCAAAUCUCGUCUAGAUCUUAUAAAAGAAAAAGCAUUAGCAUAUAUUGAAGAACUAACAGUGAAAUCAGAAGAAGCUUAUAAAGAUAUGGAAAAGUGGCUUGGAGCCAGGUUCCUAGCAGAAAUGUCCAGUGUUGAAAAGCUGAUUGAGAUAGGACGACACCACAUUGAGUGUUCUAGCAAAAUCCAGUAUGAAAUGACUUUAGAAGAAACAGAUUUCUUCCUCAGCAGUGAUGUGAAAGUGAUUCCUGAUCCUGUUCCUCCACCCCAUGUUCCACAAGUAGAGACCUCUGACAGUGGUACUCUAACUAUUUCACAGCUUAACACGUUUCAUAAGCAGUUUCUACAAGUGGCACCUAAAGCCAUAAGAGCACUGAAGCAAUUUAAAGGCAAGAGUAAUUCUUCUAGCAAGAGAGAAGUUGGUGACAAAGGGAAGGAGAAGAAAGAUUUGGAAUAUCAAAGAACAAAGAAGAAUCGACAGUUUCCAAAAAUAUGGCUAACAAAGUACUCCUGGUUAAAAUAUGAUGAUGAAAAGGGAAUAAUGUUCUGUGCAUUGUGUCGCAAGCAUAAUGUGGAUUUGGGGGAAAACAUUCAUAAUUUUUGUUCUGGCACUGAUGACUUCAAACUUGAAUUUAUAAAUACACACCAGAGUAGUGAAGCUCAUGCCUGGGCUACCUGCAUGGAAGCUGCCAGUACUGCCUCACCAAAUAGAGCUUCUGCUGAGCAGAUGUUGAAGAGUAUGAACUCCAUAACAUUAGGAAGAGUAGAAAAUAUUUUUAGAACAUGCCAUGCUAUUGCUAAGUCUGGUCGUCCCUUUACAGACCUUGACUGGAUGUGUAAACUAGAUGAUAUGAAAGGAGUGGAUAUUGGUUCUGUAUUUAGAAAUGACAAGUCAGCAAGAAUAUUUAUACAUUUUAUUGCUGAAGUAGAAAGAAGGGCUCUAAAAGAGAAACUGGAGAAAUGUAAAUUCUUUUCUCUCAUUAAUGAUGAAGUCACAGAUAGCAUAUUCAAAGCAGCUGCAGUUGUCUACGUGCGCUUUGCAAAUGAAGGAAAAGUCCAUUGCCAAAUUGUUGGAGUUCAACCUGUUCAAAAAAAUGAUGCUUCAAGUAUAAAAAAUGCAAUUGAGGAAAUUUUAGAAAUAAAUCUUAAGCUCAAUCUGGGAAACCAAGACUGGUCAAGAAAAUUAGUUGGGUUUGGAAGUGAUGGGACAGAUGUCAUGACUGGAGAAAACAAUGGGGUAGCUGAGCUUCUGAGGGAAAUUCAGCCUUGUGUACAGUCUGUGCAUUGUUUUGCUCACCGCCUAAAGCUGGCUUACAAAGGAGCACUGAAAAAUAUUCAGCUAUACAACAUCUUAACCAAUGGCUUGAGAAAUAUGUAUUAUUUUUAUCAUAACUCACCUCUAAAUAAGAAUAAUCUCAAAGCCACAUAUGAAGCCAUCAAGAUACGCCCAGCAAUUCCUUCUCGCAUUGGAGGCUCGCAGUGGCUUCCUCGUCUACAAACAGCUCUACAAAUUCUCCUUAAAGGAUAUCCUGCAAUUGUUCUACAUCUGAGUAAGAUUGAAAAGGAUUCAAGAGCCUCAAACAGGCAGAAAGUCAAAGGACUUUUACACUUCCUUCUGAAAAUGGAGAUAGUCAAGUUUUCCCAUUUCUUGUUGGAUGUCAUCAAUGUCCUCAACAUUCUGUCACGUGUUACUUUGGAUCACAACUCCUCCAUUGCAGAUAUAUUUGCAACCGUGCAGUCAACAGUGGAAACACUCCACAUGUAUCAAACAAGAGCUGGUCCAAAGGAACGCCUGAUGGAGACCAUUCAACACUUUCAUGGUCACCAGCUUGUUGGGAAUGGAAAUAUUUCAGCAGUACGAACCAAAGUACUGAGUAAUUUGGUGAAGAGGCUACGUAAUUGUUUCUGUGAUGCAAGUCAAGAUGUCUUAAGAGCAACUACUAUUGGAAGUUUUAAACUAUGGCCUGACAAAAUGAGAGAAGAAUUUGGUGAAAAGGAAGUGUCUGUCUUGACGAAACAUUAUGAAGUUGUACUAGAAGCUGCUAGUGUGAAAAUCAAUGAAGUUGAAACUGAAUGGAGCAUGUUGAAAUUAGAGCUAUAUAACAGAUUUCAGAACAUCCAGACCUUGACAUGGGAUUUGGUGAACUCAGAUUAUUCAAAGAAGUAUCCCAACAUCCUGACAUUGGUAGAUUUGAUCCUAACUCUGCCAGCAAGUUCAGCUGAGACAGAGCGAGGCCAGUCAAAUGAAAUUCAUAAUGAUGCAUCUGCACUCUAAACUAGUGUCUGAAAGUGUGACAGAUCUCAUGACAAUUCAGAUGAACUCUCCAGAUAUCAAAAAGUUUGACCCCAAGAAAGCUAUUCAUUUGUGGAAUAGUAGUUGGCAGAGAAAUAGAAGACUGCAGGAAGGUGAUGUGAUGACAAA